AAAUCGAUGUGAAAGUGGUUUAAAUUGACAAUAACAGGCAAUUUGUCCCUUAUCACAUGCUAACCACACAACCCACUUACGCUUUCGAGGAAGCCUGCGCACUAACAGAUAAUAAAAUUAUUGCCGGGCCAUCGCGUAAAAAGCCACGUUGAAAGAACAAAGCCAAGUUUCCAAUUCAGUAUAGAACUUAACUUGGCCAAAGGAACAUCGUCAGGAUGAAGCAAGGAAACUUAGAGCAGAGUCGCAGUAGACUAAAGCAGAUAUUGGAUGUCCAUAAACCAUAUUAUUUUAAUGGGACACUUCAGGACGCUUUACCAAAAAUAUGCAAAGGUUUCUUAUUCAGUGCAAAAAUGAUAAAGUGGAUAAAAAUAGUAUUUCUUAGCAUUUUAAUUUUAUUCUGUGUAAAAUUCUACUAUGAGGAAAUGCAAGGAAAGAAUUGUACUCUUUCUUUGCCACGCCCCCUGCGUUACGCCCUUCGACCGCCUGAAAGUUGUGAUUUUUGUGCGAAUAUUAAAAGUGUACCGCGUCUUGAAAAUGUUAGCCCACAGGAGUUUGAGAAGAACUUCGCCUAUAGCGCAGCCCCAGUUAUUGUUAGUGAUGCCACCAAAAAUUGGACCGCAAUUUCGCUAUUCAACUAUUGGUAUUUUCGCGACGUUUAUGCCAGGGCCAAGCAAAAGCAACACAUAAGGGAGUGUCAGUUUCUGCCUUAUAAAACAGGCUUCUUUGAUAUCUACGAGGCUUUGGACAUGCCCGAUGAUCGGGUUGAGCUUAGGCCAGGAGAACAGCCAUGGUACUUUGGUUGGAGCAAUUGUCAUGCGGAAACCGCUGAGGAAUUCCGGCGGCACUAUGGAAGACCCUAUUUUCUACCGGAGAGUUCUGAAAAUAAUGCUGUCGAUUGGUUUUUCAUUGGCACAUCUGGAUUGGGGGCACAAAUGCAUAUUGACAAUGUGAGAUUGCCAUCGUGGCAGGCUCAGCUGGCGGGCAGCAAGCGGUGGCUACUGGUCCCGCCUCCCGAGUGCUACCUGCAGUGCCAGCGAUUCGAUGUGGUGGUCCAGCAGGGCGACAUAAUUGUGCUGGACACGAACAAAUGGUACCACCAGACCUUUGUGCAGCCGGGAGCCAUCAGUCUGACCAUUGGAGCUGAGUACGACUAAAGUUAACCGGCUGCCGGCGGUUUUUCCUCGUGACAGGAAAUGGCUGCCUCGACGUCUCCAUUCAGCUUGGCCAGCGGACAAAUAUGGCCAACUGUUACUGUUACAGUAACAAACUUAACUUUAACAUUGCCAUAUUACUCUGCUUUAGCCAGCCGGUUUGUUAAUUAAAUGCCAAAAACACGCAAAUUUCUUAUGUCGGGCAGCUGGGGCUUCGCAGCCCGGGAAAAUCUAACCAAAAAUGGGGGCCACAGCCACUUCCUCGAAUGGUGCGACAUGUAAAACGCGUGUCAGGCGACAACGAUGCGUGUUAACAAUGCGUAAGUAUUAAGU